AUGGCCUCACCUAUAGUCACUCUCGUGGUUGGCAGCGAGCAACGUCUUUUCGCCGCUCACGAAGACGUUCUUGCCACUAGCCCUUUCUUUAACAAUGCUCUACGAAAUGGAUACAUGGACGUCGCCAGCAAACGUAUCUCUCUUCCCGAUGAAGAACCCGAGAUCUUCAGCUCUGUUCUCGAGUUCCUCUACAAAGGAGACUACACUCCCCGUCUCGUUCACAACAAACGUCGUAACUCGUACGAACUUGAAGCUGCCAGUGAGGAACAGCGUGCUGCUGUCGAGAGCACAGUUUAUCACCGUGGCAUCGAUGGUGAUCUUCUCAAGGAUACUGUCAUCUAUUGUGCGGCAGAGAAGUAUGGUCUUGAUGAGUUGAAGAAGCUGUCGCUACGAAAGCAAGGACUUCAGUCCGGCAUCCAGUGCAGCACCAUCCUUGCUUCGGCAAGAUAUGCCUACGCCAAUACUCCUGAUACUGACUCCAAGCUACGAGCUCACUAUCUUGCACUCAUCAUUCGUUCACGAAGCACUUUCAAGCGAAGUGGUACGAUGCAACUCGAGAUGUAUAACGGCGGUACUCAACUUUUCUUCGACCUUUUUGUCGCUCUUUGCAAUCAUGUCGAUGACAUCUCAACCGCACAGUGA